AUUUUUAUGGAAUAUUUCUCUCCGUGCACUCCACGUGCUGCGAGAUUUCAGAUCAAAUUUGUUUCCUGGAAAUCAUGAAAAUUCUCACCAGCGCCAGCAAAAAAUUAAUUUCAAAAUUAAUUUGUGAAACCCUUGCGCUUUCCGGACACUUCCCCUGCGAAGUCCGAGCUACCCUCGAGUCCGCAGCGCCCAUUGGCCAAGUGCAGUCCACCCAGUGGUGGGGGAAUGAGUGCAAAUUAGGUGGAGUGGGAGUAUGUCCUGGGGCCAAUCCUUGUGACUACAGUUUAGUCGAACCAUUAGUUCUUUGACACCAGCAGCAAACAGCAGAUCAAGGAUUGCAUUGCUAAAAUAUCACGGCGUCGAGACAUUUUAGUCAUCACUACAAAAAUAGAAGAAGAAGAAGAAGAAGCUAGAGUUGAGAUGGACUACUCGAAAAAUGGCCGUUCCCCAUCAGACGUUGACUCAGCCGCGAAGCGUCGUAAAUCAUACAGCUCAGUUAGCUCCUCACCGCCCAGUUUUCCAAGCAAUCAUUGGCACCCUGAAUCCCCAUGGGCAACUUCAAACUUCCUAGAAAUUAUGCUCCCCUACUCCAGAUUACCUUACAUUGUUGAAACCGAUAACCGUCUCAAUGAAAUUCGAGAAGAAAUGAAAAAUCUUUACGAGCAAGAAACUCAACUCCUGAUCGACCAAGAAGAGUCCUCGAAGCGUGAAGUGCAGCAGCUGCAACGGCUCCUGACUGAACAAAUACGAGAGAAUAAUGAGCUGCGACAGAAGAUAACGGAUACGCUGAGCGAAAACAUACGACUGCGAGAGCUGAUAUUUCAACAGACGACUGAAGGUACAUCGGAGAGGAGAGCCCCUGCUGAUAAGAUAACUGAAUUGCAGCUGAAUUUAAACUCGGAUUCAUUAGCUCAGGAAGAGAUCGAUUUCCAAAUGAAUGAACUGAAAGACGCGAAAAUGAAAAUUCAGGAGUUGGAGUCAGAGAAAAUAUCUCUUCGGGAGGAGCUUCAGGAGCUGGCGCCACGGGCGAAAGUUGCUAAAGAGCUUGAGAAGAGAUUGCAAUUGGCGGAGAAAAUUAUUUCGAAGCUCCGAGGAGUUGAUGCGAAAGAGGAGCCCAUCGCGGGCGGAUCAUCUGUUGGAGAUGGGGAAUUAGGAGUGGAUAGAACUGGAGAAGAAGUAAUGGGUGAAGAAUGCGAGACUUCCGGCCAGAACAAUAAUGAAGGUGAGGUGCAGAAUGGGGAGACGGCAGAGGCCUCGGAGAAUGAGUCACGAGACUCAGACGAUAAUAAUUGCCCUUCUGAGACAAUAUGCGAUGAUACUGAUGUCGAAAGGACGGAGGGAGAGUCUGAUGAUGCUCAGAGAGCGGGUGCUUCAGAGGAGUGUGGGGAAGACACACCAGAGGGCAACACGCACGGAGGAAAUUAAUAGAAGAACGUAGGGAAUUCGUUAGACAAUUCUAUUGAAUUUUCUGUCGGUUUUACAUUUUAGUCUGUCGAGAUAUUUUCUACAGAAUUCCCUCGGCUCGAAAUUUCCAAGUUUUUUUCAUUGCAUUUUUCUUUUGUUCAAAAUCAAACAAAAAAAAUAGCGAAUUCCCUAGACAAUUCUUUCGGAUUUUUUCAACUUUUUAUAGAAUAAGUCAAUAGAACAGAUUAGAAUAAGAAAAUAUUCUGUAGAAUAAGUCAGUAGAAUUUGAUUUAUAGGCGCACUGAGAGAAACAAUUUGUUCUGCUGCAAAAUGAUAAUUUCCAUAGUUGUAAUUGUUCUUGUAAAACAUUUAUUUAUCUUUCGGAUAAAUGCAUAAAUUCCACAGGGGAUUAGAUGAGGCUCCGGUUUAUCAAGUAAAUGAU